GUCACAUAAAAAGUGUAUCACGAGCUGAAAACUUUCCAUUCGAUCGAACCAAUCGCUGCUCGUAUGUCCUUUCAUGGUAAAGUACAUCUAGUCAUGAACACGGAAAUACGCAGCAAAGACCCAGCUACUCUCUGACAGUCACCAUCACACCAUCAGACCACCAGAUGGACGGGCUGUGUGUUUCUCUCAUCACUCUCUUGUGUGCUGUUUCCUCCAGUCAGGAUGGGAUCUCUGUAGCAAAGGUGGAGCUGAGAGUCAGACCAGGAGACAAUGUUGUUCUUCAUUGUGACAUCAAAAACCAUCUGGUAACAGAUUGGCACAGAACCAGCUCCGUUGGGAACGGGAGUCAUUUCAGAAUUUCCAAAUCCAAUCCUGUCUGUCGAUUCUAUUUCCUGUUGCGUUCUCAACAGUUCUAUGAUCUACUGAUAACUAACGUCUCUGAAUCUGACCUGGGACUCUACUACUGUGGGAGCUGGCAGAAACCUGUGGUGAACAAGGAAGGGUUUCUCCAUGACACAGGAAAAUAUGUCUACUACCAUGGAAAUGUCAUCACCAGACUUUCAUUUGAAACUCGUCCUCCUGAGUCCUCCUCCCCUGAUGUAGACUGUGGUCUGUGUUGGAUGUUGCUGUUCAGUCUGUGUCCUGUGUCUGCUCUCCUCUCCUCUCUCCUCUCCUCCACCUGUGUCUACUCCUUCUGCAGAACAACAGCUCCAACUGACUCUCAGAUCAAGACGACCAUCAGGGGAAGUGAGAGCAGAGUACAGGAGGAAGGAGACCUGUUUUACGCCUCGUUGGAUAUCCGAGGACCGAGGACACCAAAGAAGAAGACAGUCCAGAACUCUGACUUCAGUACCUACUCAGCCAUCAAUACCAGCAGAGUGGUGUGAGACCUAUACCAGCCAUCAUUACCAGCAGUGUGAGACCUAUACCAUCCAUCAAUACCAGCAGAUUGAGACCUAUACCAGCCAUCAAUUCCAGCAGUGUAAGACCUAUACCAGCCAUCAAUACCAGCAGAGUGAGACCUAUUCCAUCCAUCAAUACCAGCAGAUUGAGACCUAUACCAGCCAUCAAUACCAGCAGAGUGAGACCUAUACCAGCCAUUAAUACCAUCAGAGUGAGACCUAUACCAGCCAUCAAUACCAGCAGGGUGAGACCUAUACCAGCCAUGAAUACCAUCAGAGUGAGACCUAUACCAGCCAUCAAUACCAGCAGAGUGAGACCUAUACCAGCCAUCAAUACCAUCAGAGUGAGACCUAUACCAGCCAUCAAUACCAUCAGAGUGAGACCUAUACCAGCCCUCAAUACCAUCAGAGACCUAUACCAGCCAUCAAUACCAUCAGAGUGAGACCUAUACCAGCCAUCAAUACCAGCAGAGUGAGACCUAUACCAGCCAUCAAUACCAGCAG